CCUGGGCUGGCCUUGUGCGGUGCCUGACAGCGGGUAAGCUCUUCUGGCUGAGAGUCAAGUACUUAUCCCGCGCCGCGUUACCUUCGAUGUCCGCACAAGUCAAAGGCUAAUCUGAUCUAUUAGAGUCUUUGCAUAUCAAUCUCGCCGAGUUGAAAUUGGCACCAAUUUCUCACCUCCAUGGCAGCACCCUGAGACCCAAAACCCGUGUCAAGACGGACCCGUGUUCGUAUUAUGAGUGCCGGUAGGUUGUUUGAAUAAUGAUGUAAGAAACAUUUCCUAAUUUCUCUUUAACUGACUUUUCUUUUCCUUUUGCUGUUGCUCUUCUUUUUUGGUUUUGUACUGUACGUUGUUUUGUCGCAGUUUCUCGCCGCAUAUGUGCUUUCAACGCUCCCUUGCGCCGUACACACUUGUCCCAGGAAUCCAGGGUCGAUAUUAGCGCGCAUAUGGUCGAGGGCUGCAGAUCCAUGUUCCUCGUAAAACAAUUCCCCCUGUUCAGAAUCCGUGUUCUCACGGCCCUCAUCCUAUGCGCUGCUUUCUUCGUCUUCUACUUUCAGAGGGCAGCUAUUGUUCUUGCGGUCGUCUCAUAUUGGCAACUACCUUGACGAUAUAUCCUCGCCAUUCUUUAUCCCCAAGAAAAUCCGGUAUAAACUCGAUCCAAGAGGCAUAAGUCCCGAAAUUCGGAAUUGGGCAGACAGUUGUUCAUCCAAAACCCCUACCUUCACCAGAGAAUUCCUGACCGAUACAUCUGCGGACGAGUGCGUCAAAACACACUUUUCCCACCUCCCGGACCUUGUCGAGACCUAUCUCUCCCUCCCAGUUUCCAUCCCCAAAGCGGAUCUACUCCGCUAGCUCCUCCUUCUUGUCGAGGGCGGGAUCUGGAGUGAUCUCGGCGUCUCCUACGAGGACACUUCGAUUUACGGAUGGAUACCCGAACAAUUUAAGCAAGAUGGCAAACCUCGUCGUUGGCUUAGAAUUCGAUGUGGGAUGGGAUAGCGACUUUCCCCGCCUAUUCGCCAGCUGGACUGUUUUAGCUAGACCCGGUUCUCGCCAUCUGCAGAUGGUUAUCGAUGAUAUUUUAAAUGAGAUCAAAGCGACAAAGGAGAAGUAUAACCUUACCAGCACAUCAGAGCUGCAGUUGGGGAUGGUGGACGAUGUGGUAGAUUAUACGAGCUCCAGAAGGUUGACGGCAGGUGUACUUAGGAGUCUUAGCGAGCAGCUAGGUGAGAUGGUGGACAGCAGGAAUGUGUCCCGUCUUCCUGAGCCCGAAAUUGAUAGAGGAUGUCUUGAUUUUGCCGCGGUACGCUUUUGCCCUUUCAGCCAACAAUUAUGAGGGUGUGAAAUGGCCGGACGGAACGGAGGAACGGAUUUUGUGCCUGGGCCGCCGUUGGUGACACACCAUUAUGCAGGUACUUGGAAAAGUCCCUAUGGUGGGGAAGUUGUAUGAUUUGCCAAUAUAUCUCCAUUUGGGAGUAGAAUUGUUACAUACUAGAUAUUUUUGCCGCGGUUAUGCUUCUCAUGAAAGAUGAUUGAUGCAUGGAGAUUAUAAAUACGUACUUACAAGGCCUAUCUACACAUGAGACACAUGUGCAUAAAAAUCCCAGUCUUAAGGGUUAAUUUUGGGACAAGCUGGAGGACUAUGGAUUGCGGGUGUGAGUUUGUAUCAAUAACGAGACCACUGAGAAACGAUAUGACCAUACACUAACAUUGAUUGAGGUCAAUCGCCAAUAGACCUAGUUAACAGGUGAGAUAUUGAUAGCAUUUCCAUAGAAAGAGACUAUCGCUUUGGCGAUCAUUUAUAAGCGAUGAUUGAUAUCGGUUAAAUAAUUCCUCUAUUCUAGGCUACACAGAGAUAAAAAUUUGUAGAUGCAU